AAAAGAACUUGUUUGGCAAUCGAGAUGGCUGGUUCAUUGAAUGUGUUUGAUGUUUCUGCACUAAGAGAAGAGCUGGAUUAUAUGCGGGCGUCAAAUGUUAACGUGUCCAACUUUGUUUCGAUGAAGCUUUCUGGGGGCAACAACUAUAAGAUCUGGAAGGCUCAGAUACUUUGCCUCGUAGAGAGUCAAAAGUUGCUUCACAUCAUUCGUGGUGAGUUUGACAUUCCGGAGGAUAAUAAGGGUGUCGACAUGAUUUCCCAAUAUGACAAGGUUGGAUUUUCGGUUCUGUGCACGAGAAAGUGCUCAAGAAUUUGGUAGACUUGUGUACGGCACAAGAGGUAUGGGCGAAACUAGAAUCCCUCUUUAAUCCACCAGUAAGCGAUACAGAAGGUGAUUCAUCAAAUGCGCUUGAUGUUUCUGCAGUUGAAGUUGUUGCACCUGUUUUUUGUGCAAUAAGUAAAGACCUGAAAUAUAUUCAGGCAUUAAAUGCAAACCUCUCCAACUUUGUUUCAGAGAAGCUUGGGUACUACAACUAUCCUACCUGGAAGACUGAGAUGCUUUGCUUAAUAACGAGUCACGAGUUGCUUCACAUCAUUCAUGCUGAAUUCCGUUUUCCAGAGGAUGGUGACCCCAUGACACAAAAAUAUGACAACCUUGUCAAAGGUUGGAUUUUGAGUACUAUGAGCGACCAAGUGCACCAUAUGUUCCGAAUCUACCGAUCGGUACAAUUGUUGUGGAGGAACCUAGAAUCAUAUUUUACAUAUCAACCGGAAAUCGAGUGUUGGCAGGGUCGAGUAAUUAGUUUUAAUGGAACGUUUUUAUUUGACUUUUGAAUUAUACUAUAUCCUUUCUGAAGUAUUGAAAUGAAAUGCAGGUGGUCCAUCAAAUGAAACAGAAGAAUUGAAAUGCAGGGGAGCAUCAAACGUUAACGUCUCCAACUUUGUUUCCGUGAAGCUUUCUGGCCUCGGCAACUACUAUAUCUGGAAAGCUCAGAUGCUUUGCCUCAUAGAGAGGCAUGACUUGCUUCGCCUCCUUCAUGGCAACGAUGAUUUAUUUGAGGGCAAAUAUGACAAACUUGUCAGAGAUUGGAUUUUGAGUACUCUGGACGACAGACUGCUCAACGAUCUCGAACACCAGGAAUCGGUACAAGAUCUAUGGAUAAAACUAGAAUCCCUCUGUACAGAUGGUGAUACAUGGCUUGAACCUGUUGUUUCUGCAUCAACACAAGAUCGGAAAUACAUUCAGGCAUUAAAUGUUAACCUCUCCAACUUCAUUUCAGUGAAGCUUUCCGGCCAAAGCAACUAUCCUAUAUGGAAGAUUCAGAUGCUUUGCCUCAUAAACAGUCAGAAGUUGCUUCACGUCAUAUUCUUGGAGAGAGUCUUGGUAUACCGGAUAAGUAUGACACCCUUGUCAAAGGUUGGAUUUUUAGUACUACGAGCGAACAACUAUUCAAGGAUUUAAUAUACACGGAAAACCUGUUCGACGACUUCUUUUUCGCAAGCGCUGUAUGGAAUAAGCUAGCAAACCUCUUUGAUCUACCAAAAAGCGAUAGAAAAGGUACAUACUCCUUUACCUAUCACGUAUUUGAUUUCCCAUGGUAGAAAUUGAACAGUAACUCCAGUUUUGGCACUUCAAUGGACCAUGACUUUUGAAAUGAAAUGAUUCCACACAUCAACUAGGAGUUACAUUUGGAAUAGAAUUUAUAAAUGGCGCUCCAGAUAUAGAAACACAAGACGCUCCAGAUUUAGAAACAGAGAGUUCCCGAGGAGUUCAAGAAAUACAAGACACUGCCAAGAACAGACUAAAGAGAGAGUUGUACAAAGCUGCUGCUGAAGGGUGGUGGGGGAAAGCAAAAUCCAUAUUGAACAAUAAUAAAAUUGCAGCCACAGGGGCCAUCACUGCAAAUGGCAACACAAUCCUUCAUGUAGCAGUUGAAAUGGGCCACAACUAUUUCGUUGAAAAACUGUUGGCGUUUAUAGAAGAUGGAAAAGAUAUUGAAACGCAAAAUGAUAAGGGUCGAACAGCCCUACACGUUGCUGCAAUAGUUGGUAAUACACAUGCGGCCCAACUCUUGGUUCAGAAGAGGAUCCAACUGUUGGAGUUUAAAGACCAUAAUGAUGAGUCACCAUUGGAUCUUGCUUCUGCCCAUACCAACCUUAAUACAUACGCAUGCUUGUUCAAAUCUCGUACCCCACCUUCUGGUUCAGACUUUCAGUCAUAUUAUAGUAACCUGUCUGCUCUCUUAGCUGCUAUCUUCUCAAAACAAUAUGAUUUGGCAGAGAAAUUGCUCAACGAGUCACCUAGAAUUGCUCGGGAAAAGAAAGAGAUAUUGAAGGCGAUAACUAUAACCUUCCCAACUGAUCUUGGCUUUACGCAAUCUUUUAUCUAUCCAUCUUUCCACUAUGUUUGUCAGAAAAUAGUCGUGAGAGGCUCUUUGCUAUUUCACCCUGAUAGAUGUAUCGAUGACAUCCUAAGGGCGGUGAAAAUCUGUAACAACACGUGUUGCAUCUUGUUGGGAAAGAAUUCCAUGAUAUUACUUGUCCUAAUAGCCACACUUCAUCCAAUAUAUCAGCUUGUUUGUCUCCUCAUUCUGAUGUUUCAUUUACCCUUCUCUAUGUUGUAUUUACUUCUAUGGAAGGUUUUAGCAGUUACCGUGGGUCCAAUCAAGAAUAUAGAGAAGAAGAGAAAAGAGUACGAAAAAGCAAAGAGUAUCUUGAGCUUGAUAUGUGAACUGAUGGGCCCAUCAAAUGAUGGUUACAGUGAGUCAUUUUUUGAAGCUGUACGCAAAGAUAUAUACGAAGUUGUUGAUGAGAUUUUAUUUAAGUCACCAGCUGCAAUCAAUUUUAAGGAUGAAGAUGGGUAUAACAUUAUUCAGUUAUCCAUAAUGAACCGUGCAGAAAAAGUAUACAACCUUAUCUAUCACAUAAUUGAGCGCACAAAGUCUCAUAGGGAAAUGACUGAUUCUUCUUUAAAUAAUCUUGGACACUUGGCUGGAAGAUUGGCACCUUCAUUUGUACUCAGUCGUACCACUGGUGCAGCAUUGCAACUACAACAGGAGCUUUUAUGGUUUGAGGAGGUGGAGAAGCUUGUUUUACCUUUACAACUUACGGAAAUGAAUAUAUACAAAGAGACACCGGCAAUGGUGUUCACAAGGGAGCACCAGGAUUUGCUGAAGCAAGGAGAAAUAUGGAUGAAGACAAGUGCUGAAUCAUGCAGCAUCACUGCUGCAUUGAUUGUCACAGUUGUAUUUGCAGCAGCAAUCACUGUGCCUGGUGGAAGCAAUCAAGAAUUAGGCAUCCCCUUGUUCAAAAAAGAAAUAUCCUUCACUAUCUUUGCUGUAUGCAAUGCAUUCUCACUCUUUACAGGUGCUACUGCACUAUUACUAUUUUUAUCAAUCCUCACCGCACGUUCUUCUGAAAAAGAUUUUCUCGUCAGUUUACCAAGAAGGUUAAUUUUUGGACUCUUGAUGUUAUUCCUCUCUACAACCGCCAUGAUGGUAGCCUUUGGUGCAAUCUUAUUCCUUGUCUUUUGUGAUCAAAGACCAUGGAUGUUAGCACCAAUAUGUGCAUUUUCUUUCUUGCCGAUUUCAGUUAUUGUUACCGUAAAAAUUCCCCUACUAGUAGACUUGAUCCGGUCAACAUAUUCCCCCAUCUUUAGUAAGAAAAGUUAUCUUGAGUCUUGUAAAGUUAAUCGAAAAAACACAAUAUUUACAAAGUAAGGGGGAAUUCGAUUAUGCAUUGCAAUGUCCUUUGUGUAGCAAUUCUGGAUUUCGUAGUAAGUUGCAUGUGAUUUAAGGAUCUGACCUCUCUUGAUUGUUGAUUGUUUUUAGUCAUAAUGAGUGUAGUGUCAUGUUGAGCUAAUGAUUUUUGUCCUCAUUGUUCACCAUUAAAACAAAAGCCCUAGAGGGACA